CGCGUGUAGAAACAGUCGUUACGACGAUGCCAACGAUACAACAAGCGUAUCGAAACGUUAUUACGUUGUUAGAGCUGCGCCGAAAAGAAAUCUUCAUUAUUGAAUUUUGAUUGUUCUUACUAUCCGAAAAUCAACGGAUAACCUAAGGCGUUAUUGGUCACGACCGCCAUAGUGACGCACGCGUAUCGCGUAUCUUAUAUCGCGCCGCACAGAUUCGUUUUGGCGGUUUACCAGUUGCACGCGGCAUACGGAGGGUAGUGAACAGAGAAAGGACGCGCGCGCUAGAAAGAGAGGACAGAGAUUAGGUGGUGUACAGUUGUAGUAACGUUGAUUUUGUAAGGUGACCGGCAAGCUGCGCGGUGAAGUGAGAAACUUAACAUGGAAUUGCACACGCCGAAGCGUGAGUCGCGCCCUUUGACGGAAGCGUUGCCGUGCAGCCCGCCGAUGUGCGAUACCAUGCUUUAUCCAUGGAAUUGGGGCGAAGAGGCGAGGAAUGUGAACCUGAGUCCGGGCAGCUCAUGCUCCUCGCCAGAAUAUCGUGAUCAUAACGUGGUAACCGCGCGAACUGACCCACGGUCACGUUCCGGAGGUUCAGAGAGCCAUCGUCGCGGCCGACCUCGAGCAGAUGCCCUCUCCAAUCUGAUGAUGCAAGGGAGCACGUCGCCGAGCAGUAUAAAAUGCACCUACUGCAACCGAGUCUUUCCACGGGAGAAAAGCCUCCAAGCACACCUGCGUACUCACACAGGUGAACGACCAUAUCCAUGUGAUUAUCCAGGAUGCACGAAAGCUUUCACCCAAUCUGGACAAUUAAAAACUCAUCAAAGAUUACACACAGGGGAAAAGCCAUUUCUGUGUACAGAACCUGGCUGUGAAAUGAGAUUUACACAUGCGAAUAGGCAUUGUCCAGAUCAUCCUUAUGCUACUUUGACUCGUUCAGAUGAUUUUGUUUUAAAGCCAGUAUCCGAAAACACAGACUUACCUCAUGAUGUUACAAAGUGGCUAGAACGUUACAAGAUGUCUAGAGAGAGAGAGGAUAGAACACCUACGGGUAAAAAUGACCGCAAAAAGAAAACAUGGAAAAGUAGUUCAGAAAAUCAUAAAAGGGUGAAGUCUAGAAAGGGCCUAAUGAUGGAUGCGACAGGUGAACAGGAGAACUUAGAUUGUAAGGCCUCCAAUCAAAGAUUAUAUUGUGGGGAAAGUCAAGAUAGUCAGGAGGAUAGCCAGGAUGAAGACCCAACAGAAACAUGUAAUAUACUACAAACAUCAGAAGACGAGGAAAUAUCUACUAAGUUGCCAAUUACCCCAUUAAGAAGACCCCUAGACAGACUUCAACCAAAGAAAAGGUGGCUACGCGAAGCUUGUCUAGAACAACAGUUAGCUAAACCUUUAAACUGGGACAAUAGACCUGUUAGUGUAUCUGUAACUACUUCAUUCAAAGUUAACAAUACUCAGAUACAUUGGAACACACCAACUGAUAACUUGUCUAACAUUUCCGACGCGUCGUGCUUAGACGCAUGUAAGGAGAUCGAACUUACAAAAUCAGAAUCGGAUCCUACCUAUAUAAAUUCUCAUGUAGGAUCAUCUUGGGAUAUAAUUAACGGUAAUAAUGAAUCUCUGAAAAAAUCUAUAAAAGAAGAACAUAUUUAUGCAUUUGAUUCACCGUCUACAUUAUCACAAUCUAUUUGGAAUUCUCAAAGUAACAACAAUGAUUUUUUAAACAAUACACACCAAAUGAAAAGCAAUAUUAGCCAGCCUCUUUCUAAAUAUGAAUGGGAUAACGAGGUAAUCAAGGAGAACUCUAAAUCCUUGUCGAAUCAAGCACAUAUAAAAACCACAAGUCUUGCACAAAAGGAGGUAACUAAGCAAGAUACAUUUUUGCAAUCUCACAUUAGCGAGAAUAUAAUGAGACCAACUGUUUUAAUGCUAGCUGGUAGUUCUAACAAUAACAACAACAAUAAUAAAGAUAAUACAUCGAAAAUAAUUCCAGUCGAGUUUGAGACAGCAAAAGCUGUUGUUAAACAUGAAAAGAACCUUACCACGUUACCAAUUCCUGAAGACAGUCAAAAAUGGUUGGGUGCAUUAGCUUUGAUGGAAUUAGCUAAAAAUCAGGAAAAGACAAGAGAUAUAAGUCUAAAGCAGGAUAAAGACAAUUGCACUGAG